CAAUUAUUUCAUUACACACAACACAACUAUACAAUUAAAAUUUUUAGUUCAUUAAUUCUUUUUUCCCAAUGGCUCCUCUCCUAAUCUCUCUCCUCUUCCUUUUCAUGUUCCCUUUGGGGAAUAAUGGUCAGGGUCCGCCCUCACCAGGCUACUACCCUAGCUCGAGAAUCGGCUCGGUAGGGUUCAACCAAGGGUUCAGGAAUCUUUGGGGCCCACAGCACCAGAGGCUCGACCAAGGCGCCCUCACCAUUUGGCUCGAUCGAACCUCAGGGAGCGGAUUCAAGUCAUUAAAUCCUUAUUCAUCUGGCUAUUUUGGGGCUGCUAUAAAGCUGCAACCGGGAUAUACUGCUGGAGUUAUUACAUCUUUAUAUCUCUCAAACAAUGAAGAUCACCCAGGCAACCACGACGAGAUCGACAUCGAGUUCUUGGGCACGACGGAGGGGAAGCCUUAUGUUCUUCAAACAAAUGUAUACAUCAGAGGGAGUGGUGAUGGAAAUAUUAUUGGUAGAGAGAUGAAAUUCAAUCUCUGGUUCGAUCCCACCAAAGAUUUCCACAACUAUGCUAUCCUUUGGAAUCCCACCGAGAUCAUAUAUUUCGUGGACGAUGUGCCGAUUAGAAGGUACACGAGGAAAAGCGAUGCCACGUUUCCUUUGAGGCCAAUGUAUGUGUACGGAUCCAUAUGGGAUGCGUCAUCGUGGGCGACCGAAAAUGGCAAAUACAAGGCGGACUACAACCACCAACCCUUCGUUGGCAAGUAUAACAACUUCAAGAUCGGCGGCUGCAGGGCGGGCACGGCCUCGUGCAGCCCCGCCUCCGCCUCUCCCUCGGGCGGGCCCGGGCUGAGCCGCCAGCAGUUGGCGGCGAUGGAGUGGGUGCAAAGGAAUUACAAGGUGUAUGAUUAUUGUAGGGAUCAACAAAGGGACCAUAGGCUCACUCCCGAGUGCUAGAAUCUAUGGAAAGAUCCUCUGUUGCUACGUGUCAACGUUUUGGAGAGUCUUGAGAUGGACCCCACUUCUUAAAAUAGAUUUCUUUAAUAAAAAAAAGUGUACGUAGCGUCCAAGCCUCCAAACUUCAAUGUUUUGGAAGUUGCUUAAUAUAUAUGUUGUGUGUGAUUUGCAUGUGAGAUGAGAGGAUGAAAAAAAAGUAUCCUCUUGUGUGUUUGUCAAGGCAGGAAAGUUGCCAACAGAUGUAUACCUUUUACUUAUAUGAAUUCCACAUUUAAUUUGUACUAAUUAAAUGGUUCUUUUUCAACUUUA